AUUGCCACGCACGCAAGAUGGAAAGUUUGACACAAAAAUUGUUCGAGAAUGUUUCAGAAAAAUCAUCAAAAUAUCCUAAGCCCGAAUUCAAGUUUACUUAUGGAACAGCUGGUUUUCGUCUUAAGGCGGAGCUCUUGCCCUCUGUGAUGUAUCGCAUGGGUUUGCUUGCUGUUUUACGUUCUCGCGCUCUUGGAAGCAAAACGAUUGGACUCAUGAUCACUGCUUCGCAUAACCCCGUUCAGGACAAUGGCGUGAAAUUGAUUGAUCCCAUGGGGGAGAUGCUUGAGGCUGAUUGGGAGAAAUAUGCUACACAGUUGGCCAAUAGCGAUGAUGUUGUGAAAUGUUUGAAAGAGAUUACCCAACAUCUGAUGUUAACAAGUAGCGAAUGGAAUGAUGUUGGCAAUAUAGUGGUAGCACGAGAUACCAGACCUUCUGGAAAUGACCUUUCCCAAGCUGUUGUAGAUGGUGCUGAUGCCUUUGGUGGCAAAUUUAAUGACCUAGGUAUUCUAACAACACCUCAACUUCAUUUCAUUGUUCGAUGUAUCAAUGACCCUAAGUAUGGACACGCAAGUGAGGAUGGCUACUACCAUAAAAUUUCUUCAGCAUUCCUCAAGUUGACCAAAUCUAGUUCUUUAAGUCCUGUCAACAUUGAUGGUGCAAAUGGUGUCGGAGCACCCAAGAUGUCAGAAUUAGGCAAACAUUUGAAGAAUGCCCUGCAAGUGUGUGUUUUUAAUGAUGGAAGCUCUGGAGAGCUCAAUAAAAACUGUGGAGCCGAUUUUGUUAAAAUUGCUCAAAAAGGUCCUGAAGGUUUAGAUAUUAAAGCUGGUUGUAGGUAUGUAUCAUUUGAUGGUGAUGCUGACAGGAUUGUAUACUUCUACUACAAUUCCUCUGGUCGGUUCCAUCUCCUGGAUGGCGAUAAAAUAUCAACCCUUUUCGCGAGUUAUCUCAAAGAAAAGUUAGAAGCUUCUUCCCUGAAUCUCGACCGUGGUCUUGGCGUGGUUCAAACUGCUUACGCAAACGGUAGCUCCACUUCGUAUUUAAGAGACAUCCUUAAGAUCCCUGUUGCAUGCGUGAAAACGGGUGUGAAGCACCUACACAAGAAGGCGGAAGACUUCGACGUAGGCGUUUAUUUUGAGGCGAAUGGUCACGGCACGGUACUGUUCAGCGAGGCAUUUAAAUCUGAACUGAGCCGGGCGAAACAAGAGCCGCACUUAUCAACAGAGAAAAGGGAAGCAUUAGAGGAUUUAGAAUCGGCCAUGAAUAUUAUAAACGAGACCGUUGGAGAUGCCUUGUCUGACAUGCUGAUGGUCGAAGCGAUUUUAUGUGAGUGGAAAUGGGAUUUACCAUCGUGGGACAAGUGUUACGGUGACCUUCCAAACCGGCAGAGGAAGGUGCGCGUCAAAGAUCGUACCGUGAUUACGACGACCGACGCCGAAAGGAAGACGGUGACGCCCGAAGGUUUGCAAAGCGAGAUCGACGCUUUGGUGGCGAAGGUUGGGAAGGGAAGAUCGUUUGCUCGUCCCUCGGGUACUGAGGAUGUUGUGCGCGUGUAUGCCGAAGGUGAAACUCAGGAGAGCGCAGAUUCAUUAGCAUUGGCCGUUUCCGGCAAAGUUUAUGAUCUCGCUGGUGGUGUUGGGGAUCGACCCACAUGAUUUCAACGCCGUUAGAACCUAUAGUAUUAUUAAACAAAUUCACUUUAACAUUCACAAUCGUAGAUAACCUACUCAGGACCAUAUUCAUUAUUCACUCAUUGCAUCGUGCGCUCAAUUUCGUAAAUUUAAGACUAUUUUGCUUGUCUAAGGGACAA